AUUCACAUGGUUCAAAUAUCACUCAACUCAGGGUUUUUUUCUGAACAAAAAUAGCUGUAACAAGUUCAUUUCUGACUAUAUGUGUGACGUCAUAAACUGCAAUCCGGACGUGACAAAAUCCAAAAUCCCUUUGCGGGACGCCGUUUACUACUAUUAUCGCCGUUCGGAACGGAAAGUCCAUUUCAAGCGCUUAAUGGAAUGUGUCAGAUGGGUAUACAUGACCACCGAGGAGGUACUGAAAUGCGUCGAUAUGGAGCAAGAACUCGUACGCAGUAACGAUGUCCGCCCGGUGCUGAUCGAUGCAACUUGGUACACAACCUUGAAAUCCUAUGAUGUCACGUGGAGAGACUAUCCCAUACCGUUGCCUCGAGUCAGGUUUCUGCGGCACGAAGAUCCACAAAGCGUUGUCAACCGAAUUCGGGUUUCCUUGGCCAGCAAUCGCCAUCCGUCUUUCGAUACUUUGUGGCCAACACGAGAAGCAAAACAUCGACCCGGCUCUGGACGGUCGAAGAUGCGGAGUUUACCUUCUCCGGGACCACACGGCAACCGGUUUUCGAAUGGUACGAGGACAUCAAAUACCACAAAAUCCCACCGCGUCUGCAGAAGCGAGAGUGGUGAUUUCCUGAUGGAAAGCGUGUAUGCAGAGGCUCCUCGGCGCUCCUCCAUGUCCGGCGUGGAAUAUUUCAGCGGGGAGAGAGGUCCAUCAAAGCGCCAUUAUCACCACCGGGUACGCGACCGGCUUCUCCUCCUCGAAAUAUACCACGAAGAAAUGUUAGUCGCUCUCACCGUGCAACUCACGAUGGGAUCGCUGGUCGCAAAUCGCCUGGUAUACUGCAGGUAGCGAAAGUCAAGCUACAGCAAAUUCGUCAUAGCGCUCCGACUGUUCCUCCUCGACCUUAUAAAAAUCGGUAGCUUUUGGGGCUUUUUAUUGCAAAUACGAAAUACUUUGGUAGGCACUGUCGCCACACAUUUUAUUAUCAUGUUUGCGAGUAUUGCCGGCGGCAACAAGAACCUUGCUUUUAUUUUAACUUUGAUGCGUUAAUACAUAUUUUGGUGCUGUUUUUG